AGUCGAGUUUUGAAGUUCGUUGGGAGAUGAAGGUCUCUGCGUGUGUUGCUUUGUCCGCUGAGUAGAAGUCGCUUAGAAGUCGCCCCCAUUUUGGGGCACCACCCUUGGAUAAUCCCGUGAAAAACCCUGUGAAAAUAUCACCAUUUUCUGUGUGUUUAGUGGCACCGUGUUGGCGAAAAAGAGUGAAAAAGUCCAAUGAAAUUGUGCUAUUUAGUCAGUGUUCAACACACUGUCCGAUUGCAUGUGUGUGUGAAGGCGCUCCGUGUGCAAAGUGUAGUUGGUGGAAGUAAGAUAGGUAUAUAGUGCUGCUAAUGAGAGUGAGUGAGACAGGUGAUGCCUUUUUUCUCGCUGCACAAACACAAUUAAAUAAUCUCCAUGGAAUAAAUGACGUGUUCGCCUUCCAAUAUUUUGUGAAGAAACUCUGCUAAAAGAAAAAUUUCCACACAACGUUUUCUUGUGAUUUCUGCACUCCACUGGAAAGUCCAAUUGAGUGUUUUUUUUUUAGUGAGAAAUUCCGUGCAAUUUCACAGAAAAUCAAAAAGUGCGGAAAAUAGUAAUUUUCUACGUCAACAUCCCUCCAUUUAUGACACUCUAUUGUGACAAGUGCAAACGACAUACAAAGCAAUCCUCUUAUUGAACUUUUAUUUUAUCAACAAUCACCUAUCAAAAAGUGCAUAAUAUAAAAGGUUUCCAAGGGGAUUUUUCUCGUCCUGUGAAAAGAGAAGUAUCUUCACCUGAGGCACUAACUCAACCGAGAAAGUUUUCCCCAAAUCGGAUGGUAGAGUUCCAUGACAACAAGUGUGUGUGUAUCUAGAUAUACAUGAUUUUUCUUGAGUUUCAGCUAUAAAGGAGGGUUCCUAAAGGUGUGCAAAUCAAUACUUUAAUGAAAAUAAUAAUUAUUGUGAUUUUGUGAAUAGUGUGCAAGAAAAGACUUACAAAAAAAAACUUUCUGUGCUAUUUAAGAGCGCACAAUUCUAUUUGAGUUUAUACAAUCAGAAAAUAGAAAUAAAACUUAAUACGUUUCAAAUUAACACCUGAGCGUGGUUAAAUUGACAACAUAAUCUCACUCAAGAUAGUGAAAGAAGAAAUUGUGGUUGUGGCGAUUGAAUCAAAAUAAAGUGUGUUUAAAAAUAUUUGCUUGGGAUUGACGAGUCUAUUGGAGGAUUGAGUUACAUAAAUACUUUGAUUAUUCGGUGCUGAAUAGUGAUAAAGUGCGUAAAAAUUGUGCAAAAUUAAUAACAGAAAAAAAAUUGUAGAACAUUGGUCUUGAGACUAAAUAUGUGGAUUAUUGUUGCCGCUGUUGACUUUGGAUACUACUAAUUGCUUCACUUGAUGUUGACAUAAGGUCUAAAGACUCCAAAAUAAUGGAGGGUGGCGAGAGAGUGGAUGAAAAACUUCCAGAAAUAACAGAAUCGUCAUCACAGAAGUCUGAAGAGAUUCCAGUUGUGGCUGCUGAAGGUGCUAAAGCUGAAAAUGACGUCGCUGAGGUGUCUGGCGCAGAAGUCAGUGAGACAAAAGAGGAUGCAAUCCAGGAAGCUCCAACUGAGAUAAAUAAUGUUGUAGAUGAGAAAAUUGAGAGACUAUCUCCAGAAACUUCCAAAGAUGAAGUUGAUGAGGUAGAAAAUCAAUCCACAGAGAAACUUUCUGAGCUUCCAGGACCUCUGGAUAAAAGCCCAGAGUUAAGAGUGGAGGAGAUUAAAUGUCCAGAAACCAGUUUAAUAGAAUUUAAAGGAGGUGGUGGUGGUGGUGGUAAUGAAACUGGGGAUUCUGUGGAAAAUAAUGGGGAGGAUCGUCUUCCGCAUUCCACCACAAGCCUUCGUGGAUCAGAGUCACCAAUUCCGGUUGGGAAUCUCCCACCACCACGUUCCAGGAGACCACAACUCCUGGAUAAUCUCAAGAAGAAGACUACUACAUCUGAGAGUUCUGAGCCAGAGAGUUUGGAAGAUGAAGAAUCUCCACCACCAUCUGUGGUGGCAUCAGAUCCAGUUCCAAAAGAUGAGGGAGAUCUUCCGAGCACCUACAUCAAUAAAAGGAGUAGUUUGUAUGUAAAAAAUCCAGAUUUUAGUAAGAGAAUGCAUCAACCAGCUCAAACACCACCUCCUGCUCCACCACUUCCUCCUCCUCCUCCUCCAAGUCAGGUGGUGUCUACCAUUAAAAAUCAUUUGAUUUCCAAUGAUUUGAGUCCUUUGCGGAUGAAACCUCCAGAUUUUAGCAAAGUUGUGCAAUCUGAGGGAAAAUCAGUUCCACAGCCACCCACAAAUGUCACUCCAAGCAAUUUUGAGGAAAUCAGUCGGAAGUACAAUUACAUUAGUGAUUUGCAGCUCAAGCCACAAUCUGCCAGUACAGCACCUUCACCAAGUGGGAGUUAUAGGAAUCUCUAUGUCAGUGCUCCAAAUUUUACAUCACACAAAUUCCAAGGAGAAACAUCCAACAGUGGAAAAGCUGCUGAAGGAGGUGGAGGAGGAGGAGGAGGAGGAGGUGAGCUUGAAGAACCCACAGCUCAUAUUAUUCACAAAAAACCCCAGUAUUUGCCCUCUAAUUCGGCCCAUGAGGCUCCGAGGCAUGAGGAAGCGAUAAGGAGUUAUACUCAGAGCAAAAAUCAGUAUUUGCCUCCUAGAUUUGUGCCACCUGUGGGAUAUGGAAGUCCCUUGGAGCGCGCCAAAAAGUAUGAUGUGAAACCCCAAACAACUCCUAAGGUAUCCUAUGAGCCUAAAGCAUCUGUGAUACAUCAGCAGGUGGGAUAUGAAUCCCCAAAAAUGCCAGUGGAUAUGUAUGGUCAAAGAAAUGCCUACAAUAUGAUGCCACCACAAACAGCCCGAAAUCCUGUGGUUAUUAAACAUCCACCAAGUCCGAGUGGAUCGAUGAAUCCACCACAAAAUUGGCCAGGAAGAGUUGGAACACCACAAUCGCCCCACAAUGGCUCAGCACACAGUCCUAAUUUUCUCCAACCGGCUCCUCCUGUGGCCUACAAAUCCUCCCCAUCUCCUCAAGGAAAUACAUACUAUCCGCCAAAUGGGGGUACAUACUAUGCACCCAAAACAGCAGCUAAAGAAAAACCUCCAAUUGACUAUGUUGAUCUAACGAAGCCUGAGGGCAGGUCUCAUCAGGAUAUCCAAUUGAGGGGAUCUCCAAGAAGUGAAUCCCUGGGAAGAAGUCAAGCCAGAGAGCCUAUGGUAUAUGAAAUGAGGCAUUCAAGUUCAGAGACUAAUGUAGCAGCUUACUACAGGCAUAUGAAAGAAUCUCAGCCGAUGCCCAAGGAUCCAACUGGAUAUAAUCCCUAUGCAGGCAAUUCUUCCAAACAGAGUGUUUCCUACAGAUACCCGCCACAACCCAAGGAGACCAUUCCCAAAACGUACAGAUACCCUCCUUCUUCCCAAGAACCUGUGUAUGAGAGGAAUCCUUCCGUUAUUGAAAGGCAUACACCAGUGGUACCUUCUGCUGCCACUUAUGAGCCUCCUCCCCAGGUGCCCAAAGUGAAAACGGAAGCAUCGCCUAAAGCUCCAACUGCAACUGCUACCACAAAUUCAGUUCUAGCACCAGUUAAGAGAGAAUCACCCUUAGAUUUGAGUGUGAAAACUGUAAAAACGAAAGCAGAUUCUACGGGAUGCGAUGACAAUGCCAUCGGAUCCAGUGUAUUUAGCAAACAACGAGAACCAUCGCAUUCCCUAAAAGUGAACUAUGUGCCAAACUUUUCAAAGCACACCCAAGAUCCCGUAGACUAUCGUCCGGUUUAUCAACCUUAUGAACAAACUAGACCCCAGCCAAUACCACCAAAUCCUGGGCAGAUUCUGGCCAAGAGGGUAGCAGUACCUGAGAGGGAGAUGCACCAGAGGAGUCCAUCUGGGCGAUACUAUCCCAUGCAGCAACAGGUCAGCAAUCAGAGGACUGAAUAUUCACCAACAGGGAUGUACUAUGAUCCGAAGAGGGCAGUUUUCCCGCCAAAAGAUCCCUCCCCAAGGCCCGAUAGAACGAUUUACUAUCCCAGAGAAUCUGUUCUACAGCCACCCAAUGCCACUAACGUGAUAAAAUCCGUGAAACAGGAAGUGUAUCAGCAGUAUCAGCAGUAUCCAGCUAAACCACAACCCGAAAUUAGGACUCCAGUGGCAAGGUAUGAGAAUCAUGUGGGAUAUCAGAAAUACCCACAACCAAUUCCGCCGGCGGAAUAUCCACCACAGCAACAGGCUUAUCCUAAGAGUCACGUAGAAGUGAUGAGACCUCAGGAACCUGUGCCCUAUCAGUACAACUAUCCCAAAGUGACAGCAGAAAAGGAUGUGAGUGGGGAGAGGAAGCGACCAGCGGCUGAGGGAUAUCCCUAUGAGAUGAUUCCACCUAAGAAGUCACCAAAACUUGAGACACCAAUCCAGCAAAAGGUGGAUGCGUACCUGAAUAAUGCUGGUUAUUACAAGAGCCAUCACUAUCCUCAUCCUGGAACGCCACCACAGCAUCCUCCGCAUCCGCCUCAGCAUACAUCACAAAUGCAUCCUCAGCAGCAUCCGCCUCAGACACCACCACAGCAUCAAUCGCAGUAUCCAGUUCAACAUGUACAACAUCCUCAGCCUCAGCAUCCACCCCAUCUGUCACAUCCCCAACAUCCUUCACAUCCUCAGCAUCCAUCGCAUCCUUCACAUUCCUCUCAUCCAACGCAUCCUCCACAAAUCCCAUCGAAUGCUCUGCAUCAUACGACACAUCAACCAUCACAUCAGAUGCCGAGCCUUCCACCGCGGGAUCCAAUACCUCGGCCUUCCCCGCAAAAUCCAUACCAGUAUCGUCCUGGAGAGUAUCCUUAUGCUCCCAAGGAGAUGAAAAGUGUACAAGCCGAGAAGACAAUUGAACCUUCGGUAGCUGUUUACUAUCCGCCGACGCCCAAGAAAGACGUCCAUCCGGGCAGUUAUACAGCCGAAUCUCCGGCUGUUAGAUACUCUGUUCAACAGAAUUUCCGUGCUGCCAUGCCAUAUGAACAUCAAAGGAUUCCACAGUAUCCACAGAGUCCGACACAACCACCACCACCACCACCACCACAACCGGCACAGCCUCCGCACAAUCCCUAUGAGACUAUGGAGAAGCAUCCGGCUGAUUUCAGGCCAAUGCCAGCACCAGUGUCUGUGUAUCCAGGAGGAACCACAAAUACUAUUACGGCACGUCAGUGGUAUCCGAGUCUUCCACCGCAGCAGAAUCAUCAGUAUACACCACCUGGUCAGAUCUAUCAUCAGCGUCCACCGGAUCCUGCUCCUUCAGCAGUUCCAGCUGCCUCCCCGGGUGGUAAUCUCAUUCGGACGGCUUCGGAUGAGAGGUUGGUAGCCAAUGGUGGAAAAAUGGGUGCUGACAGGGAUGUCAUAUCAAAGCUCAAGACAACAAUUGAGGGAAAACAGAAGAUGAUGGUGAAGAAACAGAAUAGUGGUGAAUUUUCUGAAGAAGAAUCCAAUAAAACGGAUAUAGCAUCAAUAUUGGCAGCAAGAAUUAGGACAAAGGGAGAACUCAAAGGUUUUACACCUAUUCCUGUAGUUUCUGCUGAAAAAGAUGCACCAGCUUCUUCAGUUGAGGAAGAACCAGUUAUUCCAGUGAUUGGACCAAUUGAUCCACCAUCGGAUCUCGAAGGAACCAGUGCAUUUGAUCUUUUAGACUUUGGAAGUGCCUGCAAUGAUUUUGUUGAGCAAUUGCAAACAGGAAAGAAGAAAAUGAAGAGACGAAGAAGUCGAAAAUCUGAAGUUGGUGAAAUUAAAUUGGAAGUUAAGAAGGAAACUGAAGAAAUGGAAGUAACUAUUCCACCUGAAAGUAUUGUUCCACAAGAAGCUAUCCAGAAGGCUGCAGAGAGUCUAAGUCUUCCACCAAAAACUAAACCGGUUGAAACAAGUAGCAGUGAUGAGGAUAAACCACUAUUUUUGCUUCGGCAACAAAGUGAAGAGGUGAAAAGAUCAGAGAUUUUUGAGAGAUUGGCAAAGAAUAUCCGUGAAAAGCAGGAAAAGAGACUUGCAGCAAGGAUAAAUUCAUCAACGUCAGAAGAUGAUGAAGCUUCCAAGUCUUCGCAGAAGAGAAAACGAAAACCCCUGAGAAGAACAACAACAAAAACACGAAGUAUUAAAACAUCAUCUGAAGAUUCGUCAAAUGAUGAAGAAGAAGAAGAAGAGGAGGAGGAGAAGAAGAAAAAGAAGAAAGUAGAGAAAUCCUCAUCGGAAUCGGAAGUUGUGAAGAAAAAGGUCAAAAAAGGACAGAAAUCUGAUGAAGAGGAAACAACUUCCAGUAAAUCUCCAUCAAAGACACCCAAGAAGUCCAAAAAGACUGCAGAGAGUAGCAGUGAGGAGGAAGAAGAGGACACUGGGAAGAAGGGUAAAAACAAAAAGUCUUCAGCACGUUCAGCAACUAAGAAGCGUACAACCAGGAAGUCUACAUCAUCAGAGGGGAGCUCAGAUAGCGGUGAGGAGGGUGACAGUGAGGAAAAGUCAGUGUCAAAGUCAAAAAACUCCUCAGCGGCAAAGUCCACCGACGGCGGAAAGGAGAAGGUCGAAAAGGCUCCUCCUCCCAGCAGGACUAAAACUACACGCCGCUCAAAGGACGUCGGAUCUGGAGGUGGGACUGAAGACACCAUGUCAAUGACACGAUCCAAGAAGCGAAAGGAGAUGGAACAACGACUGGCUAAUAGUAAAGUCUUGAGAAAUGAUAAAAUUGUUCAUAAUGUUGUUGUGGACAAGAAGAAGAAACCAUCCACCAAGGCUACUCCAUUGAAAGUGGACGAAACCAAGAGGAAGAUUUUGGAUACGGACAGUGAACCGGAUGGAAAAGGUGGAUCCGGAAAGGCCAAGAAGAAAACCCGUCGUGUCUCCAAGCUUCAAUCAUCUUCUAGUUCUGAGCAUUCGGAGUCCGAGAGUGAAGCUGAAACCGUCAGUGAAAGACUGAGGCCAAGAAAACCCCAACAAAAACCGGCAAUCCCAGCUACGCCACCAAAAAACGGGAAGGUCUCGGGAGGUGGGAAAAAUGAUUCGUCUCCCGGGAAGAAAAAUAAUGCUAAGGCAUCAGCUGCCGUUGAAGGGGCCACUGAAACAGAUAAUGGGGAUAAUAAGUAUCCUCCGGGUUGGGAACUUCAGCUGUAUGAGUUCAAGAGAUCACUCAAAAUACCUCCGAGUCUCAUAACAAUUGCACGACCAUCGUGGCAUAGAAUUUCCACUUCCCUUCCAGAUCUCGAUCCUCAUUCCAGUGAUGCAUCAGAGAGUUAUCGACAGGAGCGUAGUAAGCCGAAAGAGAGUGAUAAUAGGCAAAAAGAUGACUCAAAGUCUUCCAUAAUUGACCUUCUGCAUCAGAGAGUUACGCAGAAAUCUCGGCAAACUACCCACAGGAAGACCCCAAAAGCCCCUGCUAAAGCAGUAAUUAAAGAUAAUACGAGUGUUAAGGCUCCUAAUCCCACUGCCACUCAACUCUUAGCUACACCAGGUGUUGAGGAUGAUAAAUUAAUUUUUGGUGGUGAUGGGAAGACUUUUGCGGGAACUGUUUUGAAAUCUCGUACACGAACAGAAUAUAGAAUUAUGAAGAAUAAAGAGAUUAUUAGGCAGGUAUUUGGUGGUGAGGACAGACCAGCUUCAGCUCCGCCUUUUAGAGGGGGCGUCGAUGAUAGUAGUACAUCAGAAGUUACAGUAAAACAGGAACCAUCUGAAGAACUUCCAAAACCUGUAACUUUUGAUCAGAAAUUCCAGGAGUACAUUCAGCAAAUUGAUAGAAUGGCAAUUGAGGAGGGAUUUGUCAGAGAUACUACCAAUCGCUGCGUUAAGACAGAAAAGGACUUUGGGGAGGAUACAGAAACCCAGGAUACAGUUUUGGAAAGUCAAAGUGUCAAUUCGGAGAGAGAUGGACUUACUCCCAUUUCCUUCACCAAUGUCAUACGGCGGGGAACGAAAAAGGGUUCCCGGAGCGCUAGAAGGAAAGGUAGUUCUGGUUUUGACUACAUUCGCAAGAAGAAGAAACCACUGACUGAGAGUCAGCAGGCAGCUCUGGCGAAGAAACGUCAGGCUGCGGUUACGGAGUUAAGAGAACGAGAUGAACAGGAUAUUGGUAGGGAAGUUAAGGGAUGGGUUUUGAAUAAAGGAGUUGGAGAGAGUGUCUUGCAUAAAGCGGCUAGGUUAAAUUACUUGGAUGUCAUUGCCUACUGUCUGGACAGAAUGGAAAUGCAUCCGGAUCAGAAGGAUAAUGCCGGGUAUACUCCACUUCAUGAAGCCUGUUCCCGAGGACAUCUGGAGAUUGCUCGAUUGCUCCUGGAAUAUGGGGCUAAUCACUCUGAGACAGCCCUUUCGGGAAUCAGACCAUUGCAUGAUGCCGUGGAGAAUGGGAAUAUAGAAGUGGCCAGAUUGCUACUUUCCUAUGGUGCUGAUCCCCUAUUGGCCACUUACGCUGGACAGACUCCACUGUCACUCGCUGAAGAUGAUGGGAUGACACUAUUCCUGAAGAAUCACUUGUAUGACGUUCAGCAUACUGGGCCGGAUAAGGGAUCGUGGAAGUUUGCAGGACCUUGGGAGAUUUAUGAUCCCGAUAUUUGGGGCUUCAGUAUUUUUGCGGAUGUUCCAGAAGUAGUUGAUACGGCUGCCCUCAAAGAGCCCGAAAAGUGCGAUUCCAAUUCGAAUAUUAUGCAAAAGGCUCCAGAACCAGUUGAAAAUGGCCGUGUUAAUGGGUCAAGUGUUGCCAUGGAUGCUGAAGGAUCUGAUGGGGAAUUGUUUGAGAUGGAAGAAUCAGAGAUGCCCCUUCCACCGCUGUAUCUGCUCCGUGAUGAGGGUACGGAGAAGUGGGUGCUUCUGUCUGACCUUUGCAAUAUGCUCAAGGUCAAAUCUCGCGAUACACUGCUCAAGCAAAUUCAUCCGGGAGGACUUCCUGGAGGUACGACGCACAAGGAGUUGAUUAGGGAACUGAAGACUGGUGAUUUCCUGCAGAAGGCCACGUGUCUGCAGUUGCUGUGUGCUGGUGAAAAGCUGAAUAUUCGCAGCUCAAAGGUGGUCUUGAUAAAGUACAACGAGAAUGUCCAGGCUCUGUUGGGGGUUCAGACGCUCCUAAUGCGACUCUGACGUCCGGAAAGUGAGGGAGAGGUGACUUUUUGAGGCGAUAAUUCUCAGGGAAAUGCCUAAAAGUGAGAGCAAGAGAGUAAAACCCUCCAAAAUGACUAAAUAAAUUGGACUUUAAUCAACAUUUGUAAUCACAAGAUUGUGUGAUAUUAGAAAUGAAUUAUAGCGGCAAAGAAAUGGUCUGCGGACCCAAAAAAAAAAAAGAAAAUGAAACAAAAUUAAUUGUAAAUUUUUAAAGAACUGCGUGUUAAAUCAAAAGAAAAAAAAAUGUAGGAAAAAUUGUAGUGUAAUUGAGCGUGGAAUUUGUAAGAUUGUAUGAACAGAGAUGGUUUAUAUUUUUAGAUAAAACUAACAAAUAUUUUUUUUGUUGCAAGGAAAAUGCAAAAAAGAUUAGAACUAAUGUAAAAAAAAAAUUGCAAUUAAGAUUUUAGCUGAUAUAUCACAGAAAAGAAAUAAAAACUCAAAUAUUAUGCAGUUUUUUUUAGCCGUAAGAGCAAGCAAGAAAAAUAUAAUAAAAGAUUUUGCAAAAUUUACAGAGAGAGGAACAAGUGUAAAAAGUAUUUUAAAAGUGAAUAAUUGAAAGUUUGCAAUUGAUUAGCUCAUUUUAAAUAAUUUUUUUAUUGUACAUUUUAAGUUGUUACUGUAGUGAAAAAAAAAAUUGUAAUUAUAAAUGUGCAAUGACAUGUGAUUACAUAAUGAAAGAAAAAAAUAUACAAAAUAUUGAUUAGAACAAA